AUGGAGAAUGAACGUGUGAGUCAGGUCGAUGCACCUCCUCUACCAGAGCAUGAGGAAAAGGUAGAUCUGGCAACAGAGCCAUCACAACUCUCGCAUAAAAGUAGAAGUUCUCCAAGUAGUCGUCGCAGAAAUUACCGGAAGAGGUCUGCUUCAGAAUCCCCUGAAAGAUCCCCUAAUAGAAGAUCUCCAGACCACUCACCUUCGUCACACAGACGAAGAAGAAAUUCAGAUUAUAAAGGUAACUUGGGUGGCUUUUUGUUUAUUGGUACUACUCUGUUUAAAACUGUUUUUUUCCAUCAUAUUAUGCAAUCACCUGUCAACAAUGUAACAUGAUUUAUCCAAUAAUGUGCUCGGAUGAAAAACAGUUAUAACCAGAUUUUAGGCUGCUAGAUUUAUAACACUUUGACUCUUAUCCUGCAAACACUUGCGUUAUGCAAGGAAAAAGGGGAUGGGGUUAGUUAGGGCAAGAAGGUUAGGGUAUACUGUGAUGAAAGCUCUUAAGAAAGGAGAAUGAACAAAGAUCAUUAAGUUAUUAGUUUGUCACACUAAAAGUGAAAAGAAAAUGAUUCGUUUUCAAAGUUGUGCUCAAAGAAAAAUUAAAAGCAGUGAUCCUGUCAAAUCUAGGUGGCCCAGCAUAUGACUUUUAUGAAAAAGGAAAAAAAACUGAGCUUUUCUAAUUACACAAGAACAAAGACCAUGGCACUGCUAGGGCACAGCCCUUCCGUUGGUAUAAUGGAUCCUUCCAGGUUUUUUUUUUUUAACUUUUGACAUGGACCAAUAAGAGAACAUCCAUCGACACCACAGGAAAGAGCCCCCCUAAAAUUAGUGACAUUGCCAGGUUUGAAAGUGAUAUGACUUAAGUGACUGCGGAUAGAGCUCCACAAAGUUGUGAAAAUUUACAGGCGUUUGUAUGGUGGGGGGCAGGGGGCAAGUUUGUACCCUCCCAUCCUACAAACGUCUGUAAAAUUUCAAACAUGGCGUUUUUAACUAAUUUUAAGGCACUUUUUCAAUAAUUGACACCAAUUAUUGGUGUCAAUGGAUUUUCCCAAACUUGUCCGUGUCUAAAGGUGGAAAAACAUGUAAAAGGGUCUAUUACUAUAGAUCCAUGCUGAUUAAAGGGUCUGACGUCUUGUUUCCUUCAGAUGACCGAAGGCGUCGUAGAAGAAGUAGAAGUCGGAGUAGGAGCAGGAGCAGAAGCAGGAGUCCAAGGAGAAGAAGGAGAAGUCCAAGUCCAAGAAAUGUGAGUGAUGCAUGUAUCUGUUGUGGGUCAAUUUAGUCCUUGGUUCUGUUUUUUUCCUUCUUUGUUUUAUAGCUCAUUGUAGUACAUUAACAUACUUGGCAAAAAGUAAAAUAGAUAUUAAACCAAGGAUACAACUGAGCCACAAGGUUAUGGCUCGUGUAAAGGAGCAAGCAUGUAAUUUGGAAACUGUGUUGCUGAAUGAUUGGGGUUGGGGAGAGGGGUAUCAACUAGUUUGAUAAGAUAAACUUGAAGGGAUUGAAAAUUGUACAUUAAAUGUAAGUGCCCCAUUGUAGCUUUUUCAGAGAGUGAUCUACCUAAAGGGCAAGCAUUGGACAUGCCAGCUUUUGAACCUGAAUCUUUCCAAUGGCAAAUUCUUACUGUCAACACAGUUGUAGCUGGUUGCAAAAUUUCAAAAACGCAUGUGGGCCUCAUAAUCCCUACAGACACUCCCUUUUAAUACUCUUAAAUACUAUUGGCAGUGGUUGUUUCCAGUAGUUCCAGUGCAGUCCAAAUAAUGACAAAAUAUUGUUCCUUUACCAAAUACAUGUAACUUAGGGUGUUUAGGGUGACCAAUUUUUUCUUAUGAAUAAUGUGAUAUUUGACUCAUCAAAUCUUGGUCUUUUUGUAUUUUUUUACUAUCCUUUUACUGUAGUUGUUAUUUUAGCUGUACAAAGAAAGCUUAAUUUUGUUGUUAGCUAUGUCAAGUCGGUACUAAGGCCAUUGCCCUUAAAAUUACCAGUUGCCUACUUUUUGUGUGUGCCUUUGGCCCAGUCCAUGCAAUUUGUUUUCAUUUAGACAUACUGUACGUAACAAUAAAUUCUACAGCAUGUAACAACAAAACACCUUACAAUAAUAUUUUGUAGGGUGAUUUGUUGUUUUUGUCAUCAUCAUCUUCAUUAACACCUUGUGCUAGCAAAGUAAUGAGUAGGACUCAGAAGAAGUAUGUUAACUUCAGUGGAAUCGACUCAAUGUUCUUCCCAGUUUCCAUGUCAUGUUUUACUGGUGUAGCUCUGGCAAGUCAAAAUGAAAAGCUGGUCACAAUAGGGUCCAUCCUUGGUUGAUUAUCAAUUUUCUUUGUCUCCUACAUGCAGCCGUGACUGUACAUGAUCUUCUCAAAUGUAUUAAUAAUUCAUUAAGAAAAUACAAAGGAAAUUAAUGUUUAAUAAGUGUUUGGAAAUCAGCUUAAAAACUGCUCAUUUUUGCAUUCUUAAUUUCUCCUUCCAAAGUCAUUUUGUUCGAGAAGUAAUAUCAAGCAUUCAACAGUGUUUCGUCACCAUAUAAAACACCUCGAAGUUCAUCAAAAAUACUCUGCUGCACAUUGUAUUUUCAACUCUCUUCUCACUGUUUCAUCCGGUGAUUAAACACUGCAUCUCAUGCUUGAUAUCUUACAUCAAUAAGAAUUAUUUUAAUGGUCUCCAGACAUGAAAUAUUUGCUACCAGAAAAAAAAAAACUUUGUAUAUGAUAUUAGGAGAUGAACAAGAGACAAUUUUUAAUCGAAAUGGCUGCCCAACUAUGACAAUUGAAUUUGGAGUCAUGCACGCCAUCUCAAUGCUUAAUACCCAGACAGCCAGUGUGAAAGAGAAUAGAAUUAUUGUAAAAAUAUUUGUCAUUAAUAUCUCGUGCAAAUGUUUCAUAAACACAUUGUAACUUUAGAAAGACCCUAAAAAUGAAUCUAUAGAAGCAAAAUGGCUAGGCACAUUUUUGCUGCCAAAUACUUGUCGCCAAUUUGGUGACUUACACUGCAGUUUUAGUCACCAAAUUUUUUUUCUACUCACCAUAGUGACAAAACACUCACAGCUCAGAAUGCUAAAAGUACAGCUCUUGCAUACAUGUGAAGUGAAUACCUGUGACUUUUCUAUUAUUUUAAUAUCAAUUCUCUCGUAUUUGUCAAACAUGUCCACCAAAAUAAUUUUACCUUUCCUGUUAUUGUCAAUCGUGUUCAUCAGCAUCUGCUCAGCAAUUUACUUUUGGUGUCGGGCCAACAGAAAAUACAUUGUAGAGCACUUUGCUGAGUGAAAUGGUUAACAAAAUCAGUGUAAUUUUCUUAAAAUGCCAUUUCCAGGUGGUUGGAACAGUGCUUUAUUACUUUAUACAAGUUGAAAUCUUUUACCUAGUAUUUAAAAAGUACGGUACAUAAACAUGUAGCAUUAGUUGUGUGUAUAUGUGUGAGUUUGGUUUGUAACUAUUAUUAGUGAGAGAGACAAAGUAUGGGAAAGUUCAUCCUGACACUGCUAAUCUUUCUUUGAAGUUGAUUCACAUGAUGGACUUAGGGCCUGAAGUGAAUGGGCGCCUGUCAACACUGUUGUGGAAAAUGGAAAAGCUUCUUGAAAAUCAGGAAAAAGUUCUGAAAAAUCAGGAAAAGCUUUUAAAGUUCAUGGAACAACAGCAAGCUCUACAAUCAUCAGCAACACUUGUGUCCAGAGAAAGAAGGUUGGUAAAUGGUGUGAGAGGCAGAGAUCUUGAACAUUCUAGCACAGGUGAAUUGAGAAUUCCAUCAAAUCUUCUAGAAUCUAUUGGACAUUUUACUAGUGAAUCAGUUAGUGGUGUGCAUCAUUCACCUGUAUCUGGACCUAGUCGCAGUCGCAAAUUAACAAAAGCUGCUGUAAAGAAACUGGCUGGGUGUUCUACGAACCCAGUGGAGACUAGUGACUCCUCACAGGAUCCUUCAGUGUCUAUUCAUGAUUCUGUGAAUGUUGUAAGUGAAGUGUCAGUGCCUCUGAAAUACAAUGUACCAGUGUAUGUCUCUCCUGCUGAAACUGAACUUGAUUCAGGUGCUGUCAACUGCAAUGACAGUAGUAACAUGACAGAGGAUCACAGUGAAAGCGCAAACGGUGUUGAUCGGGUGAAAGACCUGUUAUCCUGGGCAGAGAAAAUUCAGAAAACAAGUUGUUCCAUAGGGAAUUUCAGUGUGAACCUUUUAAAGGCGUUGUUCACAAAGGAAGAAAUGUUAAAUAGAAAUUGUUCUGGUACUAGAGGAAAAGGAGCCCUGGACAGUGGAAAGCUUGAUAUUAUAAAGUUUUGUGCUUUUAAACUUUACUCUAUACCUGAUGCUGAGCAGGAGUCAGUUUGGAAGCAAAAGUGUGUUAUUUCUAUUGACGAGUUUCUAAGAAGAGGUAACAGAUCCAGAGCUCAGAAUAGAAUAGAGCAAAAAGAUGCUCCUGUUUUAGCUCCUCUAGAUUCAUCAAUUAUUGUUGAGAUUACAACCCAAGAUGUUAAAGAAAACAAGAGUGAUAGCAGUGAACUAUCUUAGACCUGAAGGAACUUACUUUGAAAAACACUUUUCUCACAUUCUAUCAAGUAAAGGCAGUUUUACAAAUUUGGAACUAUAUUAGGAUUUAUAAUCACCUGUAGCAAGAUUAACCAUUACCUGUAGUUAAGUUUUGAUGCUGAGUUUUAUUCUCUUGGAAUCCACAAGACUUUUCUUAAGUAUCUUAAUAAUAUUGCAAGUUUUGUACAUAACUGAAAUAUGACAAGGUAAACGAGGCUUCUUGUCCACCUUCUUAGAACUGUCAUUAUUUUGCAUAUAGAAAGCACAGGUUGGUGAAAACAAAAUUAUUCUUAGCCCAGAUUAAAGGAGUUACGUCACGAUUGUUUGGCAUUGCUUGAAAACCCUAAAAACACGUUAGAAAAAAAUAAAAGCCCAAAAUAAUGGUUCAUGAUUUAUUUGAAAUCACUCUACAAUUUUACCUCCACUAUAAGACAAGUUUAUGAUGUGGGCUUUCGAUGGCCAGGGUGGAAAUGGAUUGCAGCUUGAAAAAAACUGGUUUAGCUUUUUCAAGGAUAAAAUAAUAUGGAACACACCAUGGCAUAGCCCCUUUCAAGACACAGGACAUUCACAAAGGUAUCCGUAGCUAAGAUAUCCUCUAAGUAUUGUUUCUUAACAAUGGACCAUCGUUUGACACAAUACUUGAGAGGAGCCUAAGAUGGCUUUGUGAGUCUGUCCAAGACUUAAAGGGGCAAUUGAAGUCCAAAAAGAGCAGUCCUAGAUCACAUUUAGGCAUUGAAACUGAUUCCUGUCGUCUGUUACUACAGGUGGCAAGGAUUGACUUGGAUUGAAACCUGAAAAAAUUGGGCCAAAGUUUUGUGAAUUUUAAUGCUAUGCCUGCAAAAAUCACCAAAACAUUAUUACGGUUAGUGCUCCCUGAUGAAAUUUGUUUGGUGUCUUCUCGGCAUACAGCUGUAACUCUACAGGAGCAUAUAAUUUGUGUAUGGGUAAAGGAAUUACUUUAUGACUUACCGGUAAGCACAGGAUUGACCUAAAACAGCGAUAUCCUCGUGACAUAGCCCCUUUAUUCAAAGAGCCAUUUCAGAGCACAAGAAUCUCUGUACGAGUUGUUCAAAUACGCGAUCUCCAGUACAGUACAUGAGUCACAUCAUCCCAACCAAAUUACUGCUUAGGAAGGCUUUGUGAAUCUGGCCCUGGGUUACAAUUGAAAAUCAAACAAAUCCCUUGGAAAAGAGAGCAAAUAAAGUCCUUACUUUUUUGUGUAAAGUAGGGUAAAUAGAUACUGUAGCUGGUGUAUUUUUCCUUUAAACAGCGUUACGUGGACAUGAAGCCUUUGUGAUUAUUGCAAUGUCUAUAGCUUGUACUGUGUACACAGAAAAGAUCAGAGAGGCUCUUUUUAAUGCUUUGCAUUAGUGGCCAUAUUUCGUGAAGCACUUGUUGUAAAAGUGUAUCUCUUUAGUUUGCAGUUUGCACUUGCACAUCUGUGCAGCAAACAACACUCUUAAUGGUAAAGAAGAAAUUAACAUGUUUUUUGACAAUAAGCAGAUACAUUUACUUCUAUAGACAAUUGACUUACAUAUAUUAAUCAAGAAUGAUGUUGAAAAAUGGAUAAAUGUUGGUAGUUAUAGUAUUGCAUUUCUUGUGGAGUUGUAGAUCCACACGUGUCAUAUUCUUUUCCAUAAUUAUGUUCACAUCUUGCGCAUGCUUUAUCUGUAUAGAAGUCACCUUGAUCAAGUCUCUUUUAGGAUUUUUUUUGUAAACAAUUGCUGAUUUUUUAUUUUUAUUUUUUAGUGCAGGAUAUUAUCAUUGUAGGCUAUUAUAGCACCGUACAUGUACUUGAAAGACUUGUUUUGGUAAUUUUUCUGGACAUGCUAAAUUCCUACAUCACUGUACAUCCAUUUUUAGUUAAUAAAGGGUGGACAAGUUUAUUUUUACGUAUUUGGACUGCACUGGAUAUUUAACUGGAAGUUUUUAAAGAAACUUCUAUCAUUUAUUUUAACUGUUGAUAAAUGUCCUGAAGUGUGGAUGGCAAGGAUACCAAAGGAAAUCCUUUUAACUUUUUAUACAUUAAAUAUUGAAUCUGGCCAGGCCAAGUUAGCAAAAGCAGAGUACCAUCUAUGUGGUAUCAAGUUAACCAAUAAGCAUGACAAACAAAGAAAAAGUUUUUUCAAUCCUAUCUUUUUGCUUUUUAUUUAUUUAUUUUUACACAUGCUUGGACUCAAUUCUUGGCAGAUCAACCAUGUACCCAUAGCAUUUUUGUUCACUAGUACACUGUAUAUACCAGUGUAAUUUCUUGGCUCUUGUUUUAGUUUGGAAAGUCUGUAAGAAUAGAGACAUCCUAGUUUAAAGUUUAUGCAAGACCACUUGCCUUGAAUUCUUUUUAGAGUAUUUCAGAGUAUUUUUCAUUAGACCUAAAAUAAUAAGCAAAACACCCAAAAGUCAUCUAUGCAAAAAAUACCACCAGCAGUGACUUUCACUGUCCUUAGGAGUAUGGGUAAAGUAUGUUGGACUAAGGAUGGGACAGUAAGGGUACUCUUCUAUUUAACAUUGUUUGAUAACUCAUAUUACAUUAGUCAACAAAUGACCAAGACAGUGGAGGGCGUUAUGAUGAGUUUGGUCGUGACUUGCAUCCUGAGUCACGCAGGGGUAUCUCAGAGGUGAGUGUUCUGUACUUUAUAAGUCCGUCUGUAAGUACAGUCAAGUCUUGUCUAAUGAGCACCUCCAAACCCCUAAACACAGACACUUAGCCAUGGUUCCAGUUAUGUACAAACACUGCAUUUUAAGCCUUCCAUGGACACCUCCACUUGGCAUGAGUGCUCCAACAGCAAAUUUGUUCCUGUGUAAUCUGGACAUUAGCAGGAUCCAAUUUUGUUGUCCAUCUUGAAGAGUUAUAAUAUGCCUCAUUCAGAGUGCAGUUACAGUGCAAACCUCUGCUUGAAAGCAUUGUUGUAGUUAAAAUAUUUUCUCAUGUUAAAUCAGCCUUUUCCUAGGCUACCUCUGUUAAGACCUUAGCAAACAGCUAACCCCAAUGCUUGAAGUCUGUGUAAAAAUGCUCGUCCGAGUCUUGUUUUUCCAACCUACAACAGUAUUUAUUGCAAUUAUUUUGUCAACUCUUCUUUAAACAAAUGCUCUUUUCUUUUCUUGAUUUGACUUUUCUAUUAAAACAGAUACCUUUCCAAAUUAAACACUUACGGUCACCAUGGUGCUGUUCCCAGUGGGGUUUCUCUUAGAGUUGUCUGUAAUUUUUAACAAGUGUUCUUUCCUCUUGAGAGCCUUGAUGGGGCAUUUAAAGGGGCGACUGAGUAACUGUAUCAGCCUUAUUUGGAUUUUCAGAAUCGACAGUAUGUCAAACAUAAGGGUGGGGCUGUUUCAAGUAAAGAGUUAUGGCAGGGUGCAAAGAAAGUCACUUUCACAGCCUGUCAUUCGGACAAGCUGAAGCUAACAUUUACCAGCCCAAACAUCAUUUCAACUAGCCCCAAAAACGUUUUGAUGAGCAGAUUGAUUUCACAGUUCCCUGUAAUUUGGAUUCCUCAAAAAACUUCACUUGCCCGUCGGGCGAGUUAAUAACAGAAUACACUAGCCCGAUAGCAAAACCCACUAGCCCCGGGCUAUCGGACACUACUUUCUUUGCACGCUGUAUGGUAACGUUAUUUUUGUCAAUUUGAAAUUAAAUCCCGUUGAUAACAUACUAACCAAUUUUUUCUGAAGGCUGCAACUAUCUCUCUUUAGGAAAAGGACAAGACUGAUACCAUCAUCAAGGACGGACAGGAACAAAGUGAGAAGAAGGGGAUGCCAGUCCAACACUCACCAGGUAGGCAUGGUUCUCAAUCUCCAGCUGGAACAGAGAAGAAGCCUUCCCCUCGAAAGUCCCUGGAGAGGGAGAGACAGAGUCAGUCACCUAAACGAAAAAAUUCACAAGAAAGGCGGAGUAAAACACCUGAGAAGAGAAGGCGUAGGAGCAGGUCACAUGACAGAAGAGACUCAAGGUCUCCUGAAAGGCGUAGAAAGCGGGAUUACAGGAGAAGCCCAGAUAGAGAUUCAAGAGGUAAUCAUAAUAUUAUUUGUCCACUAGAAAGUCUCCAAUUUAUAAAACAAGGUGUAAUCAUGUUGAACUUUCUGUGCAGUACCUUGGAUUAUUUGAAUAAUUAAAAUACGCCAAGGUACUGCACAAAAAGUGGAAAAUACCUGUAACUUUUAUUGUAAUCCAAAGAUGUUGUGUGUAAUUUUUAUUUAUGUUGUGGCUCAAUUUUAUUCUUGGGUUAAAUUUUAAUUCCCUUUGUUUUAAACUCUCCAUUAUACAUUACCAUACCCAAAACAAAGGAAAAUAAAAUUUAAUCCAAGGGUAAAGUGGAAUCACAACCUAUACACUUGUACCAUUAUGUUUUGUGGUAUGAAUUUUUGUGUAAUCUUAUGGACCCAAUGCAAAAAUGGCUGCUGGGUUAAUAUUCUUUUGUUGAAAUUAAAAGUAGCCUGACUAGCUUGCUUGAGAUAAUGUAUUCUUUUGAAUUUUGUACUGAAUAAAUAUAAAUCCAGCAGCCAUUUUUGCAUUGGGUCUAUUCUUGCUUUUCGUUGCCUGUUCUUUUACAAAGACCUCAACUCAUUUAAAUGCACUUUUGAAUUAAUAUAACCUAUAGAUCGUAGACCCAGUAGUGAUUACAGCUCCAGCAGACGGCGGGACCGUGAUAGUGAGCGAGAAAGAAACAGAGGUAGGGACAGAGGAAGAGAUCGUGACAGAGAUCGAGAUCGAAGGUAUGAUAGAGACAGAGACAGAGACAGAGAUCGUGACCACGACCGUGACAGAAAAGAUGAGCAAGCUACUUCUCCAAGCAGUGAUAAGAAAGUGUUUGUAAAAGGUAAGAUUGCGACAUUUAAUAGUUUAAAAGUUGCUAACUAAGGGGUGUUUACAUGACACCAAAGCGACUUUCAUGACGGUGUGAGUUCACUCCGGUUCCCUCUCGUGGCUCUGUAUUUGUUUACAUGAUAACACCACAAAAUGUCAUGCUGGUGUGAGCCACUCCAGCAUGAGUUUACCCAGGUUGAUGUACCAGAGCAAGAGUAUGAAAUUUCGCAACGGUAUGUUGUGAACACGAAGCGACCACUUGUUUUGGUGUGAAAUCGGUCUGCCAGUAGACUGGAAUAGGUAGCGCAUGCAUAAUGUCUGCAAUUUUGGCUUGCUCUUGUAUUUUAUCAACAUGAAAUGUACCUUCAUAUAAAAGCGAUAUGAAAUGACUCAUCAACCUAUAGACGCGAUAUGAAAUCAAGAAGUCAUCCCUGUAUGAAACUCGCGCCGGUGCGAGUUUUCCCAUGUAAACACCCCCUAAAAUAAUUAUUGAUUGUAUUCCUUUCCCGAAUCACCCCCUUUCAUUAGUGAAUAUCUUGCAAUGUUGAACAGUGGAUGAAAGGGAGAGGAAAAGAAAAUCACACAUGGCAGAUAUCAUUAAAGAGAUGGUUUGACUCUUUAGUGUUUUGAUUGUGUGAAACAUUCUACUGCUAAUCUUAAAUAACUGUGAAACUCGCAAAACCAUUAACACAAGAAAUAUUUCUGGAAUGUUAUUGUGCUGCAAGGAGAAAGCCCUUGGGAUGGGAGAUAACUUAACUGUACUGCAAGCAACCACAUUAAUUAGUUUGCUCGUGUGUCCUGAUCUUUCUUGUGAUUGGUCACAACACAAGCAUUCCUGAAAUAUUUUAGGAGUGCAUGAUUUUCAGAAUUCGACAGUAAUUUAGGAUUUCUGUUAUGUAAUGUCAAAUCGAAUUUAAUACUCUUCAAGUCUUGGUAAUGUUGAUUGUUCAACUGAGGCUCAGGUACUUUGUAGUCAGUGAAUUUUGCAACAGAUGUGUUGCUGGUCUCAUUCUUUCUGUUUCAACUAAAGUAUAACAUGAAAUGUAUUUCUUGCAUUUCUGAUGAAAAAGGUUCUAAAAUCCCACAAACAACAUACAGCAGAUAAGGAUUGUCUAACCUGACAAUUAGAGGUCAGUAUCAGGAGGAGAAAAUCAUCACUGAUCUUUGGUACUUUGCAAAUCUUGUGUAAGUCACGAGGCAGUUCAGUAGUACUGGCUGUCCUAAACAGAGUAUGCCAUGAUUUUCAAACCAUGCCUGAAAAAACGUGAAAAACGUUUGAGCAUGUUCUGACGACAGCUUACGAAGUAUUAUUACUGACUUUCCCAUGGCACCAGACAAAAAAAAACGUUCACCCGUGCCUGUUCAAUAUUCGCGCUCCUUUCACGGAAGUUUGAACGAGAAGACUGGUCUAAAUUUUCGCACAGUCUGAAGGUGGCCCAUGGCAAUAGUACACCUAAACUUACGAAUUUUCGUCCGAUUCCGUGUGAAGGUAACUUUAGUUUCGCAUAUUUUGUAAAUAGCCCUUAAUUUUUAUUCAUUAAGUUUGCUAUAAUAAUGUGGAAUCAAACAAAUUUUUGACUGUCAAUUUUUCUCGUGUAUCCAUUCUUUCCUAGCCUCCUCAACUGGCAUACUAGAGAAACUGCCCCGCCCUGCACGUGCCUUAACAUCUGAGGAAGUUCGAGCCAAGCUAUCAGCCCACGCAGAGUCACUCAGGAAGCAAGCACAAGAGGCAGCUUCAGUGCUGAACCUUCCUAGCUAUAUCAACCCAUCAGUUGUUAACCCGCACCAGUAUGCUGUACAGCAACAGAAAAGAAAAUUACUAUGGGGCGGGAAAAAGACUGAGGUAUGUAGACAGACAUGUCAUUGCUUAUUAAAGAAGUCCAAAACACACAGCAAGAAAACCGAUUUUGCUUGUACAGAUUAUACAGGUUUAAUUACAUUUCCACAUUCUUAACUGAUCUCCUAAUCUCUGUAGGAAACUGUUAAACUGAAUAACAAUUUUAUGAAGGUUAGGAUACAGAAAAAAAGCGAGAGGAAAAGUGAAACUUACCCCUUGCCGGGCUCUUGAUCUAUGAUGCUUACAUAAAGUAAUAAAGCAAAACAUGGGUGCUCGCUGCACACUGCAAAUCUGACUAUCCGGAAUUACGGCCAAGCAAGCUACAUUAAAAAGACCUUACUAACACAUUUGACCGCGAUGGACAGUCUUUCUCGGUGUUAAAAUCGAAGAUGGCGGCCAUGUCACUGCGAACAUAAACGAGGCCUCUUAGGGGUGUUAAGCAGCUGCUGCUCGCCCAAAGAAUACGCAGGCAGGCUAAAAACCUUACACACACAACAGUCACUUGAACAUGUUGCAGAAUACUUGGCCACUUCCAAGCUAUACCCCUAAAACAGUGGCUACUAGGUUACGUGGCUAAGCGGCUACGCGUGGUCGUUGUUUUAGGGGUAUGGCUUGGAAGUGGCCGGGUAUUCUGCAGUUAAGCCGAUUUUACCGUGCCACGCGCACAUGUGGUGCUUUUUUUCUGCCGGGUCAGAAAGAAAGGCGCCCAUCCGCUCAGAAACAGCGACUCGCAAUAAGCAGCACAUGUAAGGGUUGAUUUCCAGUGUCGCGUAAUUUUUGCGUGCGUUCGUGCGUAAGAGUUACGUUCGCAAAUAGAAUAGAGGCAAUGCAUGAAAGGUCGCUCGUAAGCGUACAUGUUGAACCUCGCUCAACAUCUCGUUUAAGCUGAGCACUUUUAUCUUGCCUCUAUUUUAUUUACGUGAUUAAAAUUUACAUGCGUUAACAUGCGUAGCCAAAAACGCGUCAGGGGAAAUCACCCUUAAGAGUAAAAAAUUCCUCUUUUUUUAUAUAUCAGAAUGAGAGUAGUAGCAGUAGUAGUGGCCCGAGCAAGCCGACCAUGUGGAACACUACAACGUUUAAUAAUGACCAAGGAGGUGAGAUGCAAGCUAAAUUCCGGCGUCUGAUGGGUAUCAAAGGUGAUGGAAGCAGCAGCACCGGUGAUCAAGGAGGAUCCGCUCAGCCUGCUCAGAGUGAAAAACUUAUGGCAGAUCUGGAGGCAGAGUUUGAACGAUCGCGCGCCUUUCAGUUAUCAAGGGGUGCUGGAGGCAAAAGUGGAAUCGGACUUGGUUAUUCAGGCACAUAGCAUAAAUAUAGCCGCUCCUUGUCGUAGUUUGAGCUGUAUGGUAGCUUUCCGGUUAUGGUUGGCAACUGAAAGGGUUUUGUUUUCAUUUUUACAGUACGUCUUGAGCGAGUGAAGCUAACAAACGUAACGAACAAGAGCCUUGUAACAUAACUUUCGUCCGGCAGGGCUGAAAAUUCGUGCGUUUAAGUGUGCCGUUCGAACGGAACUACCUUAACUGUACGAAAAUUCAGACGCCUAACCGUUCAAAGUUCCGUGUGAACAGAGCGAAAAUAUUGAACGAUUCCGUGUGAACGAAAUGUCUGGUCAAGCAGGGCCUUCACUAAGAUUUGAAGUUGCCGGCUAAAUACAACAAGUAGGCGGGGAAUCAAACAGCUAGCGAUUUCUUUUGGUAGAACUAUUUUUCUUCUAUUUUCCUAUGAAAGUAGCCGGGGGAACCCCCCCCCACUUUUAAUGACAGCCCUGCGGUCAAGUUUUUCAGUCAGUCGAACAUUCGUCCGUUACUGUGUGAACCUAGCCUUAAUGAUACACAUCAACAGUAUUAGACUGUUUUCUUAUAAUCAUUGAUUUUGAACUCUAACUCUUAGUUGCCAACCAUGAAGGGGGGUUCAUGGUUGCCAACCAUGAACCUUCCAGUUGUUCUACGUUACUGACUCUACCCUAAUAGAAUCGAGUGAGCUUGCUACAAAGUAGUCUUCUAUCAACUUUGCCAUUAGAGAUAAUAAGAACUAUCAUUUAUGCCCGAAAAUUAAAUUCUGUGAAACGUUUUGGCUGUUUAGUGUACGUAAGUCUUAUCUGGGAGCAAAACUCGCUUGUCGGUAAAGCUUUUCUAAGCACUUUUGCAACUGGUCGAUGUCCAUAAGUUGUUUUUAGACAAAGUUUUCGUGGCCAUUCAAUUUUCAUGCAAGGAAUUCGCCUCUAAGUGAGUUACUGUCAC